AACAGUGGAGCACCUCUUUGUGUCGCCUUUCCACCCCUCUGUAGCAAGAAUAACAACUUCAGCACUUCUUCAAUAAUAAUUAUGAAACUGGUAUUAACUGAAUGGCAAUUAUGGAUUUUUAACUCUAACUCACAGUAAACCAGCAAGCCAUAUGUUGAAAUUCCUACCAAAUAGCUUUUUGUUCUUAAUGUCUUGUAUCUCUACAAGAAGUUGCAAGAUACCUGUUUGUACAAGAGGAAUAUAAGCAUUACUUGCCUGAGGAACAGAAGCUGAAAAAGAAGACACCCUAACUUGUUUGUGGAGUUAUGGUAGUAUUAUUUAUAUAGAUACAACAAAGAUAUAUAUAUAUUUUUUAUGGUAAUGAAAAUGGCUCCCCAGAAUGCUGACUCGGAAUCUAUGCAAGUUCAAGAUCUACCUGUGGCACAGCUUCAGAAACCAGAGAGCAAGGAGAAUGAAAGUAGGGAGGAGACCAUUAGUGAAGGCUCCAUAGACCGGAUACCAAUACGCCUGUGGGUGAUGCAUGGUGCAGUCAUGUUUGGCAGGGAGUUCUGUUAUGCCAUGGAGACAGCUUUGGUAACACCUGUAUUGUUACAAAUUGGUCUUCCUGAACAAUACUACAGCCUCACUUGGUUCCUCAGCCCCAUCCUGGGGCUGAUCUUCACCCCGCUGAUCGGCUCGGCCAGCGACCGCUGCACGCUGAGCUGGGGCCGCCGCCGGCCCUUCAUCCUGGCGCUCUGCAUCGGCGUGCUCUUCGGGGUGGCGCUCUUCCUGAACGGCUCUGUCAUAGGCCUGGCCAUCGGCGACGUCCCGGAGAAGCAGCCCAUCGGGAUCGUCCUCACCGUGCUGGGCGUGGUGGUGCUGGACUUCUGCGCCGACGCCACCGAGGGGCCGAUUCGGGCCUACCUGCUGGACGUGGUGGACAGUGAAGAGCAAGACAUGGCCCUCAACAUCCACGCGUUUUCAGCUGGUCUUGGAGGAGCAAUCGGUUAUAUGUUAGGAGGGCUGGACUGGACACAGACCUUCUUGGGUGGUAUUUUUAAAUCUCAAGAGCAAGUCCUUUUCUUCUUUGCAGCCAUUAUUUUCUCUGUCUCCGUUGCUCUCCACCUUUUUAGCAUCGAAGAAGAGCAAUACAACCCUCAGCAGGACAGGAUUGACGACGAAGGAGACACGCUUUCCAGUGUCAAAUUCAGUGGCAGUCUCCCCCCUCUGAAUCGACUGAAUGUGAUUAGUGAGGAGGAGCCGUACGGGGCCUCCAUGUUCCACGACGAGGUUCAGUCAGAGCACGAUCUCAACAUGGAGUUCCUCGAGGUGAACAUUGUGAGGAGCAAGAGUGACUCGGUUCUCCACAUGCCCGACGCCACGCUGGAGAUUGAGUCAGAGCUGCUUUUCCUGCACGACAUCGAACCCUCCAUUUUUCAGGACGCUUCGUAUCCCAACACUCCCCACAACACGAGCCAGGAGAUCAUGAAGUCCAAACUCAACCACCUGUCUGCUUUCCUCAGGGACAACGAGAAGGAGGAGGAGACCUUGCUCGAUAAUCGCUUGAACGAAGACAAAGCCCCGAACGCCAACGGGUCCCUCCCGAAGGAGUUCCUCAACGGGCAGGCCCGCAUAGGCAUGAAGCAGUCCAGCACCUCCAACUCCAUGCGGCGGCGCAGGCACAUGUUCUACCGCCAGCCCUCCUACACCUUCUCCUACUACGGGAAGAUCGGCUCCCACCGGUACCGCUUCCGCCGGGCCAACGCCAUCGUCCUCAUCAAGUCCUCGCGCAGCAUGAACGACAUCUACGACAUGCAGAAGAGGCAGCGGCAGCGCUGCAGGCACCGCAACCAGAGCGGCGCCACCAACUCCAGCGGGGACACCGAGAGCGAGGAGGGGGAGACCGAGACCACCGUCAGGCUCCUCUGGCUCUCCAUGCUCAAGAUGCCGAAGGAGCUGCUGCGGCUCUGCGUCUGCCACCUCUUGACGUGGUUCUCCAUCAUCGCCGAAGCCGUGUUCUACACGGAUUUCAUGGGACAGGUCAUCUUCCAGGGGGACCCGAAGGCUCCUUCUAACUCAACGGAGCUGCACGCCUAUAACGCUGGAGUUCAGAUGGGAUGCUGGGGACUGGUGAUUUAUGCUGCUACUGCUGCUGUCUGUUCAGCCUUGUUGCAGAAAUAUUUGGACAACUACGACCUUAGUAUCAAAGUGAUCUACAUCCUGGGCACGCUGGGGUUUUCUCUGGGCACUGCAGUGAUGGCUAUGUUCCCCAACGUGUACGUCACCAUGAUCAUGAUCAGCACCAUGGGCAUAGUCUCUAUGAGCAUCUCCUACUGCCCCUACGCCCUUCUGGGACAGUACCACGAGAUUAAAGAGUACAUCCACCACAGCCCUGGGAACUCCAAGCGCGGGUUCGGCAUCGACUGCGCCAUCCUGUCCUGCCAGGUGUACAUCUCCCAGAUCCUGGUGGCCUCCGCGCUCGGCGGCGUGGUGGACGCCGUGGGCACCGUCAGGGUCAUUCCCAUGGUGGCCUCGGUGGGCUCCUUCCUGGGCUUUUUGACAGCCACCUUCUUAGUGAUUUACCCCGAAGUGAACGAAGAGCCCAAGGAGGAGCAGAAGGGCCUGGGACCCCCGGGGCCCGCGGGGGGCGGCGCGGGCCCCGAGAAGCCGACGGUGCUGAAGCUGUCCCGCAAAGGAGCCACCACAGAGCCCCAGGGCGAGUCAGCUGUCUGA